AUGGGGUCAUCCAAGUGCGGCCGGGCCUCCACUCCACGCGAGCGCAGUGAUGGGGAGGAGGAGGACGACGACGAGUCUACGAGAGAGAGGAAGAGUUCGAGGUGGCGUGCUUCGGCGGGAGGAGGAGGCGGGUUCCGCGGCGCCGGCCAAGAGAGGGAUCGCCGGCGGCGGGGGCUGGGGUCGCUGUCGUCUCGAGAACACCGAGAAAUGGGACGCAACGCUGGUGAGGAGGAGGACGACAAGAAGCGCAAGGCGGCGGCAGUGACGGUGGGCGUGUCCUCGGGCGCCGGCGACACAGUGUUGGAUGACGCUGAUGACGACGGCGUGAGCAUCGAUGCGUCCGGGAUGAACUGUGACUCGGAGGACACGAGGGGCAUCGAGGAGAGCAGCAAGAAGGACGACAAGGACUCAAACGCCAACAGCAUGGUGACAGGCGGUGGUGUGGGCGACAGGCCGGCCAAGAACCUCAUGGCCGAGCGUCGUCGGCGGAAGAAGCUCAAUGGCCAGAUCUACAUGCUCCGGUCCAUUGUGCCCAAGAUCAGCCGAUGA